AUGUUCUUCAUUAUUAAACGCUACGCUAUCAUAAAACAGCUCAAACCUCUCACCAACUGCUACGCUAUGUUUGUGUCUUUGCCCGAAAUGUGUGAUCAAGCUGUCACAGAAACAGAAGCAGCAGGAAUUACACAACCGCACUGCAAAUUGACCACAGCAUACUUUCACAUGCUGUUUUUGCAAAUAGUCUGUAUGGACUCAGCAGUCAGCAGACUCUCUUGCCAGGUAAUAACAGAAGGAAGAGUGCUAAAAACUCAUCUGCACGCUAUGAUGAGAUGGGAAAUUAUCAGCUACCUCUCUUAUAUAUGUGUGUGUGUGUGA